UUCAUUGUAACAUAAUAUUGUUACAUAGUUAAGAUAUAGUCGGAAACUAAGAGUCUUUCAAUGCCUUUAGCCACAAUUAAGUCAACAUGAUGUCUUUCAGUUGUAUCCGCAUUAACGAAAUGCAGCCAAACUAUAUUUGUACUUUUGUUUAAGAUAUAAUUGACGUUCAUCAAAGUACAAUUGUCAAAAACGUAAUACAAAUCAACAACAAACAAAUGAUCUUCAAAAACAGCAAGUUAUGAAAGCGUUUAGGAAGAAAGAAAGAUAUAUGAAAACCAGGAAAAUAUGUCAGAUUUUUAAGUUUGUUUCAGUUGACAUUACAUUACGUGUAUUGUAAAGAAGUUAGUUCAAGGACGUGAUCUUCGUUUGUUAGUUUUACCUCAGUUGAAUGACAAUUGUUUACUUCGUAAGUUAAAACCUAGAUCUGCAAACCGCAGUACAGCUAUGGACAACUAAGUGUACACAGUGUGCAGAUUCUCAUUCAAAAACAAUUAAGCCUUUACUGUUUUAAAACUUAAAUCAAAAAGUAACAUACUCAUAAUGAAAGGCAUACCAUUACAACUGUUUAUCAUUCUAAGCUUUCUUAAUCUAAGAUCAGAAGCUGGUUCGUGUUAUAGAUACGUUCAGAGGUCGAAAGAAGUUUGUACUGGUUGGUGGUCACGUACCUGUAGAACAAAGUAUCACAGUGAAAGAAUAUGUUGUUCUCAUUACAACGGGGCCUUAUGCUCAAACCCAAAAUGCCGAUAUGGAUAUGGUGCAAAUACUUGUAAUAAAAACUUCGAGGGCUAUGUUAAAUACAAAAAUGGUAAUGUGGUGAGAAACAGUGGCGGGGAAUGCUAUGCACCAUUUCGGUGCAGAAACUGCAAUAAAGGAUAUUACCCUGUUACCACAUACGAUGGAUAUUGCAAAGCGUGUUAUAAGCCUACAAAAUGCAAUCUACCCGUAUGUACAUCAUGGAGUAAUUAUUGGUGUGAGUAUUGUGAAGAGGAAUAUAUUAGGUUAAAGCCAGGCUAUAACGUUUAUUCUGGGCUACCAGAUAACAAAAAAUGUCAAAGGACUUGUUCUUGGAAGCCUGGUGCAAGGUGCUUUCCCGGUUCUUGUACAGGCAACAUGAUACUGGAAAAUGACUGUCAGUGUGCCAGAGGGUUUUCGUCGAAGUACAGUGAUUGUUCGACCGCGACAUCUGAGAAAAAACCAACGAUAAAACAGUUGUACUUUAAGCUUCAUGGCCCCUUAAACAGCAUAAAGAUAGUCGACAAGGCGCUUAAUACAACAAUAUUUUGGACAAAGGACGUCAUGUGGUCAAUUAUUUCUUUUGAGGCUUCUUCAAACUACGUACCAGAGAUUGACAGUUCGAAAAAACCAAAUUAUAUUACUGGAUAUCAUAUUGGAAUCGCAGAACUUAAGAUUCAUUUAACUUUAUCAAGAGGUUCUGAUUACGGUGAAUGGACAAUAGAUGGAGGUUGUUCGAACUUUGAUGAAAAUUGCGACAAAACAAUUACAGAUAAAGUAAUAAGUAGCAUAAGCAGUUGGAGAAAGAUUAUGUACAAUGGAAACUUUGAACACGGUGAUAAGAUCAAGUUCAAAGUGUCAGCUAAAAAUGGCGGCAAAGUUGAGUAUGAGUACAGAAGUACUUUUACAUUUCCGUAUAGGAAAUACCAAUAUUAUCUCAAUGGCAUAACGGCCAGCAAAGAACUCGAACUCCGUUUCGAUACAUUUCCACCAACACAUUGCUUUGAACAAGACGAUAAUUGUCUGCAGGAUCCUUUACAAGUAAAAGACUUUUUAACUGAGUCCAAAUUCACAGCAUAUUGGGCUGGGUGGACUGAUUUGGAUUCCGGUAUAGACGAAUACGAAUUCAAUAUAUAUUAUUUAGAAAAUUCACUUGACGAUAAUCUUCUCAGAUAUAAAUACAUGUUAACGCCAACGAGAUUAUCAUCAUCUCAGUCUUCUGCAACACUGCACCUAGAAGAGCCUGGACCGUAUUCAGUAGAGAUAAUUGUACAUGACCGUGCUAAGAAUUAUAAAGUUGCGAGGAGAAUUAUUCUCUAUGACAACGCGUCUGUUGUUGAUCUAUACGGUAAACAGGCCAGCAUUGUUCAAGCUGAUGAAUCCGGAUGGAUAAAUAAAAAUAGCGAACAGAUAGAAAUUGAAUGGCCAAAUAGAUUCCGAAAUAUUAGACAUAGUAACGGUGGAUGGCUUAAUGGAGUACAAGAAAAUGGUGACAUUAUUAAAGAUCUCGAUGACCGAGAAGGAAGAUCAAGUAGAACAGUUGACAGACUAAAUAACGUUAACGGAAUUGUUCGGUUUGAUAUUGCACGCAAUGUUGAGUUUGAUGGUAAAUCAAAUUAUAGUGGAUUCGAGCGAGUGCCUGAAGAGGUCUUCAAACUAAAAAAGAUGGUUUAUACUGAUGAGGAAUUUGUUGAUGGAAUGAAGCUAACGUAUAUCAUUCGUGGCACAGAUGCAGUUGGAGAAUUUGCCGAGGAUAACGUAACAGCUAUGAUAGAUCUAUCUCCACCAAUAAUACAAAAUGUAUGGCUCUCAAAGGGAUACUGGGGCAAUGCUAAAGCGUAUAGCAUUUUUGGACUUUAUGAAUUACUAAUUGACUGGAAGGCAUUUGACUACCACAGUGGAAUACACAAACUUUCCUGGAAAAUAUUUGAAAAUAUUACCAAUACUGAAAUCACCUUUGGAGAGUUUAAUGAGCCACCAAUAGGGGAAACAAAGACAAUAGAGGAGUGCAAGAUCACAGACACUGUGCAUACACGAGGAAUAAACUGUUACUGCUCGCCGUAUAACGGAUGCUAUCAUAAGCAUUUUCAGGUCAAACCACUUAUAUCAGAAGAGAACAAAAAUGGUCUUAUCGGUGGAUGGAAAUCUGGAGACUUUGAAUAUUUGUUAGAGGUUACUGCUACCAAUAAUGCUGGUUUAACAACCACAAAACAGGCGAAAGUAAAACUAUAAAAUAUGUAUCUUGGACAUGGGCCAUCUUGGGUUUGACACAGUUCAACUAAAAUGAAUUAAAUACUUUCUGUAAAUAGCAGCAUAUCCUAUCAUUUUUUAAAGUAAUAGUUUUAUUGUCUAUACUUCUCUUCGUUUUAAUACGUAAAUAUUGCUGUAAAACAUGAAGUGUCACAAAUGUGAUAUUUCCAUUCAUAAUUAUCCAGAAGAUGGGACAUUUCAGAAAGUUAUUUCGCAUUAUGUUAUAAAUAUACGUCAAGUACUAUUGUUACAGACUUUACUUUUAUCAAAUGGAUUUCAUCUUUUUUUUGAAAUUUUGCUGUAAUCAGACAAUCAUGGUCAAAAUCAAAUUUCUUACUUAAAAAGGUUUAAAUGUUCGGUUCAGUUGCCAAACGUCUUACCGAAAUAAGUGGGUGUUUUCAUGUUUGUUUUUUUAUUUGUUAUAUAUUGUGCGUCUUGUAUCUACACUAUUACAUAUACAUUGUAGUUAUCAUUUUAGCACCUUCGUUGACAGUCACCUAUAUUUUCAGGGACAUAAAGGUCCGAAAUGGAAAGAAUAAAGGCGAGAAAAAAAAACACAUAAAAACAAGCAAACAGAAACACGGUUAAACUUUUAUUCUCACAAAUCUAAUUUUUGAUAUAAUUGGUUUGCUUCAAUGCCAACAAAUUUGCUUAAAAAGCAAAAGUUUCAAUUCCUAUCGCAGAAUCAGUCAUAUCAAUAUUUUGUUUCAUUUUUGGGAUGGUUUGAUUGUCAUUUAUUUAAGACUAAUAGAAAGCGUUUGAGUGUGUAUAUAAUUUAAAACAAAAAUAACAGUUGAAGGACAAUAUUUCGUAACAACUAGAAUUACAUCUUGCACCCUAAUAUUGGAAGAAAACAUAAAUUGAAUUAUAAAGUAUGCAUAGACACUUUUAUCAAAUUUCAAAAUAAAAAUGAGAGGUUGGUAUGUUUGUUAAAAAAAAGAAAGAAAGAUAAUGAGUUCGAUUUUGUUACAUGUAAGUGAUAGCGGGAAAAGUGACAAAUAUUUCCAUAAUAAGUUUGAAGAUUUAUCGAAAUAAACAGUAUAAUGAACGUGUGUUUAAAGAUGCAUAAUAAUUAAAUACUUACUGAAAAUAUUCAUUCGUAUGUUAAAUGUAUAUGUCAGUUAUUAAUUAGAUUUAUCAUUAUAAUUUUGCUGAUACAUGUACAACGAAUGGAUGCAGUCGUAUUGGCUGUAUUUAAUUAUAAAUAGAGUAAUCUGAUUAAUCAUCAACCUAUUUCAACCAUAUACACACGUAUGCUAUUAACGGUUUAAUUAUUAACAUGUACACUCCUCCCGCGGACACCAGGUGGCCGUUGAACAGAUGUAUAUAACAUAGAGUGAUUAUCAUGCUAAAUUUUACAUAAUUUACGUUUACAUCAUGAAAUCAUUCCGACGCAGCAUUUUAUUUCAUAAUAAAAACAAUAUAAUCAUUGUAUUCUAAUAUGUUACAUACUUGAAUGAAUAAAGUGCAAUUAACAGA